AAACCCUCCAACUUCCAUUCUGAAGAAGAAAGCAUUCAAGCUCAUCAGUUCUCUCCAUCUCAGAAUCUUCUUCUCGAUUUUUCUCGAAGCUUCCCAAUUCAUCUAAUUCUUUCAUGGGAAUGAUGGGAAAGGAGAGAGGGAUGGGGAAGAAGAAGAAGAGGCAGAAGAUUAUCCUGCCGCCGGAUCUCCCACCAGAGAUUCCCGAGGAUGAAGUCGAAGUUUCCGAUGAGGAUUUGCAGUUUUUCGAUGAGAAUCGAGACUACGCCGGCUUCGUUUCCACUUUGGACACUCAUUCGAUCACUAGGCAUGUUUCACGUGUUGCCAAUGUGAAAGAAGAUGCUUUGGAGGCUUUAUAUGAGAGGCGGUUGAAGAAGAAGGCGGCAGAGAAACAGAAAGAGGAGAGUGCGCUUCAAGUUGAUCCUGUAGAUGCCCUUCCUGUCAAAACCUUAGAUGGAGAACUAUACUACAGGACAGCACCAAAGAAACCAAAAGAUUCUGAAAAUGCAGCUGAUAAAUAUGAAGCAGAUGGGGAGGAUGGAAAUGAAGGUGUAGAUAAAAGUAUAGUGAAGCUGACAAAAGCAGAACGGAGGGCAAAGCUUAAGAAGAGUAAGAAAGAAGCAAAGAAACAAGGGAAGGAACUUGAUAAAACAGAGGAUGUGCAACAAACACCACAAGCUGCUGCGUUGGCUGAGGUAAAAGAAGAUCUCACAGCUGAAGAAACAUUUGAAAGUAAGAAGCGCAAACUAGCAGAGUUGGGAAUGGCACUGCUUGCAGAUCCAGAAGCUAAUAUUAAAGCCUUAAAAGAGAUGUUGCAAAUCUCUAAAGAUGAUGAUCAGGCUAUUGUCAAGCUUGCGCUGCUGUCUUUGUUGGCUGUUUUCAAAGACAUUAUUCCUGGCUACCGUAUCAGGCUUCCUACUGAAAAGGAGCUGGAGAUGACUGUAUCAAAGGAAGUUAAAAAGAAGCGGUACUAUGAAUCCACACUUUUAUCUACAUACAAGGCAUAUCUGCAGAAGUUGAUGGCAUUGGAACAGCAGGCCUCAUUUCAGCAUAUUGUUUAUCGCUGUAUCUGUACUUUGCUAGAUGCAGUUCCCCACUUCAACUUCCGUGAGAGCUUGUUAGCUGCAGUUAUAAAAAACAUAGGCUCCUCCGAUGAUGUAGUAAGGAAACUUUGUUGUGCUACUGUUAAAUCACUCUUUACCAACGAUGGGAAACAUGGUGGUGAAGCUACUGUGGAGGCUGUUCAAUUGAUUGCAGAUCAUGUGAAAGCUCAUGAUUGCCAAUUGCACCCUGAUUCCAUUGAGGUUUUCAUGUAUUUGACGUUUGAUGAAGAUCUUGGGAGGCCUGAAAACCCAAAUGAGGAUAAUAAAGUCAAAAGCAAGAAAAAUAAGAAGCGAAAGAACCGUGAGGAGUCAGGUGAGCUGCAAGAGAGAGACAAAAAGAAAAAUAGGCAAGAAUUGGUCACAAAGAUGAGAGAAGAGGUCAAUGCCGACUUUAGGGCUGCUUCUUUUGCCCCAGAUGUUAAGGAGCGGAGAACGAUGCAGUCGGAGGCACUUUCUGCUGUAUUUGAGACAUACUUCCGCAUCUUGAAGCAUAGUAUGCGGCAAAUUUCAGUUAGAUCUGAAGAGAAUGGGAGUUCAUUACCUGGUGCAUCUGGGAAUCAUCCCCUGCUUGUUCCAUGUUUGAUAGGAUUAGGAAAAUUCUCUCACCUGAUUGACUUAGAUUUUAUGGGCGAUCUCAUGAACUGUCUGAGAAAGCUUGCCUGUGGCAGCAGCAACUCUGAUGGUUCCUGCAAUAAACUUUUGACUGUAUCUGAACGUCUUCGAUGCUGCAUUGUUGCCUUCAAAGUGAUGAGGAACAAUCUUGAGGCCUUGAAUGUUGAUUUACAGGAAUUCUUCAUCCAGCUUUACAAUCUUAUUAUUGAGUACAGGCCCGGAAGAGAUCAGGGUGAGGUGUUAGCCGAAGCACUGAAGAUCAUGCUGUGUGAUGAUAGACAGCAUGACAUGCAAAAGGCUGCUGCUUUUAUAAAACGAUUGGCUACAUUCUCGUUAUGCUUUGGGUCUGCGGAGUCCAUGGCUGCCUUGGUUACUUUAAAGCAUCUUCUUCAGAAGAACGUUAAGUGCCGGCAUCUGUUGGAAAAUGAUGCAGGAGGUGGUUCAGUUUUGGGUUCCAUCGUGAAAUAUCAGCCAUACGCCUCUGACCCAAGCCAAAGUGGUGCACUCGCCUCAGUCCUUUGGGAACUCAAUCUUCUAUCCAAGCACUACCACCCAGCUGUUUCAACAAUGGCUUCAAACGUCUCAGGCAUGAGCACUGGUCACAACCAAGUCUAUCUUGCCACGGUUUCUCCUCAACAAGCCUUUGCAGACUUAUCACUUGAACACGAGUCAUUCAUCAAUCCAAAGAACAUCGUCAUGAAAUCAAAUCAUAAGAGAAAACGAGGAAGCGGGUCAUCUGGAGCAGCUAGCAUCAACCCAACUCCAGAUGCUGCUACUCCAAUCGAUGAAGAUGGGUUGAGGAAGAAACUUUCAGAGCAUUUCACAAUUCUGCACGACAUCAAGGAGAAUGAGAGAUUAAGGGGUGAGUUAGAUCGUGUAACACUAUCCCUGCAGGUAUACGAAGAACAUAAGAAUCAAAAGAAGAGAAAACAUGCCUCAAAACCCAAGAAAAAUGCAGAAAAAACUGCCAGUUGAUGAGUGAUGUUUACAGCUCAAGAAAAUUUUGAAGGCUUAAAAGGUAGAUUGAUUCUUGUGUAAUCUUUGCAGUUUGUACCGUUCUUUCCCAAUUUUGAGUAGGGCAAUUUUGGGUCAAAAUUUAUGGGAGUGGAAAAGGCUAUUUACAGGUUGGUAAACAGUCCAUAUUGGUAUGAAAGGAGGAGAUGAGUUAUCAUUGUUUUGAUUUAACAAAUUUAUUGUUUUCUGGAAAGGGCAAAAGUGUACUAAUCUCUCUCUCCUUGUGUGUGUGUGUGUUUGUUGUUGGAGUCUUUUAAGGUCUGUUUGGGAA